AGGACCUCGGUCUCGCGCAAUAAAGGUUCAUCAUUAGAAAACUGAGGGAUUUACGUGAUGGGACGUGGCUAAGAAAGGUGAAGCCCGGUCACUUCUCAUGUACUGUUUUCAUCUCCCGCGACGUAAAAGAAAAAUCUCACCAUGCCACCGUCCGGUUUGGACACACAUGAGCAGAAGACAUCGACCCCAAAGCGCGAGGCUUUUCCAGGCGUUCUGGCGGUUCUCCGGUAGCGCGCGCGUGGUGGCAUGAAUGAAUGAGAGCUCCGGGGCGCAAAGAUGUCGGUGCCACUGCUGAAGAUCGGUGUAGUGCUCAGCACGAUGGCCAUGAUCACCAACUGGAUGUCGCAGACGCUCCCAUCACUCGUGGGCCUUAACGGCACGGCGCUGAGCGCGGCGCGGAGCGCUUACCCGGACCGAAGCCUGAGAGUUUUACCUUCUAAUCUGGAUGAAACAUGGCAGGUGUAUAGCUCAGCUCAGGACACUGAGGGAAGAUGCGUGUGUACCAUUGUUGCUCCCCAGCAUACCAUGUGCUCCAGAGAUGCUCGUGCCAAGCAACUCCGACAGCUCCUGGAAAAGGUGCAGAACAUGACUCAAUCAAUUCACAUGCUGGACCAGCGGACACAGAAGGAUUUACAGUACGUGGUCAGAAUGGAGGACCAGCUCAGAGGCUUGGAAACAAAAUUCCGACAAGUGGAGGAAACUCACAAACAAAACCUCGCCAAGCAUUACAAGGCCAUGAAGGAGAAAAUGGCAGAACUGAGACCACUGAUUCCUGUUUUGGAAGAAUACAAGGCAGAUGCACAGCUUGUUCUGCAGUUCAAGCAGGAAGUGCAAAACGUAACUGCCAGUCUGGCACUGCUUCAGCAGGAGAUGGGAGCUUAUGACUAUGACGAAUUGCACUCGCAUGUCACCAGUUUGGAGGAAAGACUACAUGCCUGUAUGCAGAAACUUGCAUGUGGAAAGCUGACGGCCAUUAGUGAUCCUGUAACCAUUAAAACAUCUGGAUCUCGCUUUGGAUCCUGGAUGACCGACCCACUGGCUCCAGAGGGAGAUAAUAGAGUGUGGUAUAUGGAUGGUUACCACAACAACCGCUUUGUGCGAGAGUACCGUUCCAUGUCAGACUUCAUGAUAUCAGACAACUUCACUUACUACCGCCUUCCACACCCGUGGUCUGGAACAGGACAAGUUGUUUACAAUGGCUCCGUUUAUUUCAGCAAGUUCCAGAGCAACGUUAUCAUCAAGUUUGACUUGAAGACGUCCACCAUCAGCAAGACCCAAAGGCUAGACAGCGCUGGGUUUAACAAUGCAUACCACUACGCAUGGGGUGGCCACUCUGACAUUGACCUUAUGGUGGAUGAACGUGGGCUUUGGGCAGUCUAUGCCACAAAUCAAAAUGCAGGCAACAUUGUCAUUAGCAAACUCAACCCAAUCACGCUACAGAUCAUCAAGUCAUGGACAACCAAUCAUCCCAAGCGCAGCGCCGGUGAAUCCUUUAUGAUUUGUGGCACACUCUACGUAACCAACGGGUACUCCGGACCGACAAAAAUUUACUAUGCGUACCACACCAACUCCUCCACCUACGAGUACAUUGAUGUGCCAUUGCAGAAUAAAUACUCUCACAUCUCUAUGUUGGAUUACAACCCACGGGAUCGUGCUCUCUACGCAUGGAACAAUGGGCACCAGUGCCUCUAUAAUGUUACCCUCUUCCACCUCAUUCAUUAGUACACAUUUUAAGCAGUCAGUAAGCAUUUUGUCCUGAUCAGUCCCAAACUACAAAUAGACACUAGAUGGGUUCCUGGAUAGGGCAUCAUGCAUUCACGUUCGCACACACACACACACACACAUUCACAACAAUGGGCAAUUUAACACAGCCAACCCCUCACCCAGCAUGUUUUUUGGAUUUGGGAGAAGAACUCAGAGUGGACUAAAGCAAACCUGAAAAACCUCAUACAGAAAAUAACUCUCAGAAAUUGAUGGACAUUUGAGGUGCCAUCUGCUUUACCACCAUGCCCCCUUAUCUCUAUCAAUAUAUUUAUCAAUAUAAUCUUAUGUAGUUAGUUAUAUGUGAUUGCUAAUAGCUUACCAUCAUCUGUGCAACAGCAAAAAAAAUAAAGUCUGCUGAAGGCUAAUAAAGUAAUCAACAAAAAUAAGCUAAUUAGUUAGAGGCAUUAGUUAAUACGGGCAUUGACUGUUGGUGAAGUUCUGCUGUCAAUAUCUGUUGAGAUUUUACUUGAACCUGCCAUUUCUGAUGCCCCAUCAGUGUAUGUAAAGCAAUGAAGCCUUUUGGACCAAAGACUGUUGUAAGGCAUUAAAUGAUAGAACCAUUUAAAUAUAUGCUAACAUGCUGACUAACAUAUCAAAGCUGACGUCCACUCAGCAUUAAUGUUUUUACAUGCAAUGUAACUGAUACCUAAUAUAUUGGUGACUAGAAGUGAUUUGUAUGCAUGAACAGUUUUUAGCAAAAUAAGCAUUAUGGUAAAAUGUUAAUAACUUUAUGAUCUUUAUGUACUGUAUGUGUUGAUGGGGGAGGGGACUUUUUAGAA